AUGAGCGAGAAGAAGGCGACGUCGUCUGUGCUCCCUGUCGAUGCCCCGCUGGACGAUGGCGCGCCGGACCAUACGUUUGGAUCUAGGACACUGGAUGCAGAUCGAGACGUGUGGUCGCACAAUGCAUGGGAUCACGUUGUGCCGCCCAAAGAGCAUCUCGAUAUGGUGCAAGGGCUGCUAGAGAAACAAGCAGAGACGCGUGUAAGUGACGAAGACGCGGAAGUAUACCACAGCCAUGCCUUCCAGUACUGGGACACAUUUUAUUCGCGCCACGAAAAUCGAUUUUUCAAGGACCGCAAGUGGCUCUCCCUCGAGUUUCCUGAACUCAUUGCUGCCACCAAAGCCGAUGCACCGCCCACGACAAUUCUUGAAGUCGGGUGUGGAGCUGGAAACACUGUCUUUCCUCUUUUGAGCAUCAAUGAGAACCCGCACUUACGUUUGAUCGCGUGUGAUUAUGCGCCGCAAGCCGUGCAAGUGGUCCAAAGUCAGUCGCUGUAUCAGCAUCCGCCGGCCGGUUCCUGCGAAGCGUACGUGUGGGACCUAAGCACAGGCGCUACCUCGGACGCUGAGGCUCGCUCAUCACGACUACCGCCGAAUGUCGAGCCUGGUAGCGUCGAUAUCGUAGUGCUGAUCUUUGUGUUUUCGGCGCUGCAUCCGCGCGAGUGGGCAGCGGCAGCUGAGAACGUGUACCGCAUGCUUAAGCCACGUACAGGCCUGGUGCUUUUCCGUGACUAUGGUCGACACGACUUACCACAGCUUCGAUUCAAGAAGAAUCGCAUGCUAGACGACAAUUUCUACGUCCGUGGCGAUGGCACACGAGUGUACUUUUUCACCCCUGACGAAUUGUAUGGCAUCUUUGGCGCUGCGCCGCGCGAUCAGACGGACAGCGCUGCGCGCUUCGCCACGCAUCAAAUGGCGGUCGAUCGCCGAUUGCUAGUCAACCGAAAAGAGCGGAAACAGAUGUACCGCGUAUGGAUGCAGGCCAAGUUUCAAAAACAGGCCUAG